CCAUUUACAGCCAAAAGCAGAGGAGUCUGACUGGAUAGAGAGAGACCUACGGGGGAGAAGACAGGAGGUUUAAACCUGUCACCAUUACCAUCACCUCAACCAACCAACCGACCGACCAUUCUAUCAAUUUGUUUAAUCCUGAGACGAUUCUAGUGACAACGGACCAACACGGAGCAAAACGAGGAAGACGGACAACGACCCUCACUAACUUCUGCAAUCAUGAUGUCAAUGAACAGCAAACAACCUUUCAGUAUGCACCCCAUACUGCACGAGCCCAAAUACACGCCUCUGCAAUCGACCUCAGAGGCCAUCCGGAGGGCAUGCAUGCCCUCUCACUCGCUGCAGAGCAACAUCUUCGCCGGCUUCGAUGAGACUUUACUGCAGAGGGCGGAAGCGCUGGCGGCGGUGGAUAUCGCAAAGAGUCACCCUUACAAACCAGACGCGACCUACCACACCAUGACCACGAUGACCAGCAUGGCCUGCACCCCCACCUCAUCCUCGGCCCACCUCCACCACCCGUCCGUGCUCACCUCGCACCACCACCACCAUCACCCCCAUCACCAGGGCUCUCAGGGCCUGGAUGGCGACCUGCUGGACCACCUGACCCCCGGCAUGUCUGUCUCCCUGGGAGGGUUGCCCGGCUCCGACGUCUGCUCCACUGCCUCCCAUCCACACGCUCACAUGUCCGCCAUAAACCACAUGCAGCAGCACCACCACCACCAACAGGCAAUGAACAUGCACCCCCACAGCAUGGGCUCGCACACCUCGCUGGGCGGCGUGGACUCAGAGCCAGACCCCCGGGAGCUGGAGUCCUUCGCAGAGCGGUUCAAGCAGAGGCGGAUCAAGCUGGGGGUGACGCAGGCGGAUGUGGGCUCGGCCCUGGCGAACCUUAAAAUCCCCGGGGUUGGUUGCCUCAGUCAGAGCACGAUUUGCCGGUUCGAGUCCCUCACCUUAUCUCAUAACAACAUGGUGGCCCUGAAACCCAUCCUGGAAGCGUGGCUGGAGGAGGCGGAGAGAGCGCAGCGGGAGAAAAUGACCAAGCCAGAGAUUUUCAACGGAGGAGACAAGAAGAGAAAACGCACCUCCAUCGCUGCGCCCGAGAAGCGCUCCUUGGAGGCAUAUUUCGCCGUGCAGCCGAGGCCCUCGUCUGAGAAGAUUGCAGCAAUAGCCGAGAAACUGGACCUGAAAAAGAACGUGGUGAGGGUGUGGUUUUGCAAUCAGAGGCAAAAGCAGAAAAGGAUGAAGUUUUCUGCGACACACUAGGAAAAUACAGAGCAAAACUUUCCUCGAAUAGACAAAUCCGAAGCAAAUAGGCAAACGGCUAAGGUCCAUCGAGGCUAGCAGACAAGAUGUGUUUCGUUCCUUUGAAUUGGGAUAAAGACUUGAAAACCAUCAUCCACCGGGGCAAAACGUAUACCUUUUGAAAUUGAAAACUGAACAUCGAUGAAUACAAUACAGUGAAAUAGGAGAUCGACAUCAUUAUACUCCAUGGAGGCGGAAAAGAGAAAACCCACCGCUUAACUCAUGGCAAUUAUUGUACAAAAAUGGAAAUCGAAUAAUAAUUGUUAUUAUUCUCUUGAGUCAGAAUAACUAUUUUAUAUUUAUCAUUGUACAUAUUUGUGAAUAGGCUACAUUUCACCUGUGUGUGAAGAGCGCAUCGAAUUCGUUCUUUUUUCAAAAAUGGAAUUGUUGUUUGCAGAAGAUAACUGAUGCUUAGGGCGUAAUGUUGUCAUCAUUGUAUGUGUCUCAGAGAUGGUUGGCUCUCCGUGACACGGGGGUUUAGUUGUAAUCAUUCAUUGCAUGGUUUACUUGUAGGGCGUUAGCUGUGAGUUAAUAGUUCUAAAAACCCAUCUGAAUGCAUUGCAAUAAGAGAGCAUACACACGGGCAAUCGCACGUACACGCGGACAUACACAGUAUAGUCUACUAUCUGUCUACCUCAUUACGCUAGUGUUGGCACAUUCAUGGUCAUUUUGGACUGUAGGAGUAUAAAACACAAAAAACUAAUAGUUUCUUCGUUUUUUUGUUUUAUCCACGAAGUUAUGGUUGAAUUAGAUGACUCACAGAAAGUAAACAUGGUGUAUGUCUGUACUAAUUUCACUGCAAUGAUGCUUUGACAAUCAAAUUAUUUUGAAUAAUUACUUUGUAAAACGUCCAUUUUAUGUCUUCACAUGAAAACGAAAAUAUUUUUGUUCUUUUUUAAAUUAUUAUUAUUAUUAUUAUAAUUAUUAUUAAUAAUAAUAUUGAUCAAUUAAUGGAAAUAUAGUUUAUGUUGUAUUCCCAGAGUUCAGUGCACUUUGUAGAUAUUCUAAACAUGAGGAAUUGUUGACUUAUUUAUAUUUUUUACCCUUAUACUUAGUUUGGUUUAUUAUUAUUUACCUAUUUAUUUAUUUGAACUUAACUUAUUUAAAAUACGACGUAUAUUUCAUUUGUGAAGGUGUGCUUAAAUGUGUCUGUGUAAGCGACAGAAACUAAAAUAAACCAUGCACGUUUUACCUCA